CCCUUAACUGCGCAGGCGCUCUCACUCCGAAAGGCCGCUGGGUGAGCGCCGAGGCGGUGCACGGCGGUGGACUCGCCUAGACGCGCAGUGCUUGUGCGUGGGGCUGCGAGCUACAUCCUCGGAGGGGGUCGGAGAUGGCGGCGGUCGACGGGGCUUCGUCGGAGGCGGCGGCUUCAGAGCAACCCGGGGAGCUGCCUGCCUCGGUGCGGGCGAGUAUCGAGCGGAAGCGGCAGCGGGCGCUGAUGCUGCGCCAGGCCCGGCUGGCUGCUCGGCCCUACCCGGCGACUGCGGCUGCGGCUACUGGAGGGAUGGCUAAUGUAAAAGCUGCCCCAAAGAUAAUUGACACAGGAGGAGGCUUCAUUUUAGAAGAGGAAGAAGAAGAACAAAAAAUUGGAAAAGUUGUUCAUCAGCCAGGACCUGUGAUGGAAUUUGAUUAUGUAAUAUGUGAAGAAUGUGGGAAAGAAUUUAUGGAUUCUUAUCUUAUGAACCACUUCGAUUUGCCAACUUGUGAUAACUGCAGAGAUGCUGAUGAUAAACACAAGCUUAUCACCAAAACAGAGGCAAAACAAGAAUAUCUUCUGAAAGACUGUGAUUUAGAAAAAAGAGAGCCAGCUCUUAAAUUUAUUGUGAAGAAGAAUCCUCAUCAUUCACAAUGGGGUGAUAUGAAACUCUACUUAAAGUUACAGAUUGUGAAGAGGUCUCUUGAAGUUUGGGGUAGUCAAGAAGCAUUAGAAGAAGCAAAAGAAGUCCGACAGGAAAACCGAGAAAAAAUGAAACAGAAGAAAUUUGAUAAAAAAGUAAAAGAAUUGCGGCGAGCAGUAAGAAGCAGUGUGUGGAAAAGAGAGACGACUGUUCAUCAACAUGAGUAUGGACCAGAGGAAAACCUAGAAGACGACAUGUACCGGAAGACCUGUACUAUGUGUGGCCAUGAACUGACAUAUGAAAAAAUGUGAUUUUUAGUUCAGUGACCUGUUUUAUAGAAUUAAUUAUACAUUUAAAUAAAAUUAAGAUUGGUUCUGUUCAAAAUUCAAGAAAAUGCAAUGUCUUCAUAGAUGAAUGAAACCCUUGUAUAAGUAAUGCUUCAGUAAUAAUUAUGUAUGUUACUGCUUAAAAGCAAGUUUCAGUGAAGGUCCACCUGGCCUGGUUGUGUGCAGAGUGUCAUGUCUGUGAUUGUUUUCUUACAACCAGGGAUGGAAGCUGAGUGCUAGAGUAGGUGCAAAAGUGAUACAUCAGCUACAAAUUUGAGGACAAGAUACCAAAACAAAGCGUAUAAAACCAAAAUAAAACGAGAAGACAAGCAUAGAGAAAAAAGGAUAGAAAGGAAUGAGCAAAGUCUCCAAGAAAUAUGGGACUAUGUGAAAAGACCUAAUUUACGUUUGAUAGGUGUACCUGAAUACGACAAAGAGAAUGAAUCCAAGCUGGAAAAUGCUCUUCAGGAUAUCAUUCAGGAAAACUUUCCCAACCUAGCAAGGGAGGACAAUAUUCAUUCAACUCCAGGUAAUACAGAGACCACCACAAAGAUAUUCCUCAAGAAGAGCAACCCCAAGGCACAUAAUCGUCUGAUUCACCAGGGUUGAAAUGAAGGAGAAAAUACUAAGGGCAGCCAGAGACAAAGGUCAGGUUACCCACAAAGGGAAGCCUCUCACACUUACAGCAGAUCUCUCAGCAGAAACCCUACAAGCCAGAAGAGAGUGGGGGCUAAUAUUCAACAUCCUUUAAAGAACUUUCAACCCAGAAUUUCAUAUCCAGCCAAACUAAGCUUCACAAGCAAAGGAAAAAUAAAAUCUUUUACAAACAAGCAAGUACUCAAGAGAUUUCAUUACCACCAGGCCUGCUUUACAAGAGCUUCUGAAAGAAGCAUCACACGUAUAAAGGAGCAACCAGUAUUAGCCUUUCCAAAAAUAUACCAAAAAGUAAAGAGCAUCGACAUAAUGAAGAAUUUACAUCAACUAAUGGGCAAAACAGCCAGUUAACAUCAUGGUAGUAAUCCUAAAUUUAAAUCGACUAAAUCCCCCAAUGAAAAGAUACAGCCAAAACCCAACGGUAUGCAGCAUCCAGACCCAUCUCACAUGCAAGGAUACACAAAGACUCAAUUAAGGGAUGGAGAAAGAUUUACCGACCAAAUGGAGAGCAAAAAUAAAUAAAUAAAAAGCAGGAGUUGCAAUUCUUGCCUCUGAUAAAAUAGAUUUUAAAGCAACAAAGAUAUAAUGGUAAAAGGAUCAAUGCAACAAGAAGAGCUAACGAUCCUAAAUAUAUACGCACCCAAUACAGGAACACCCCGAUACAUAAGACCUAUAAAGAGACUUAGACUCCCACACAAUAAUAGUGGGAGACUCCAACAUCAACGAGAUAGAUCAACGAGACAGAAAAUUAAUAAGGAUAUCCAGGACUUGAACUCAGAUCCGGAACAAGUAAACUUAAUAAACAUUUAUAGAACUUUCCACUUUAAAUACACAGAAUAUACACUCUUAUCAGUACCACAUCACACCUACUCACAGGUUUAAAUGAAAUAUUGUUUGGCCAUUAUUGAGCACAAUUAUUGGCAUAAAAAAUGUUUUCAAUAUCCAUUUUUAGAAUAAAGCAACACUCCCGUUCUCUCUCCCUCAUUCAUUUUUCUUUCUCUUUUUUUCCGUUCUUUAAUAAAAAUAAAAAUAAA